UUGGUAUUGAGAUGGUGAAGCUUUCUUUGGUUUUUGUCCUCGCAUGGAUUUCGGUUUUCCUGGGCGGCACUCACACUUUGAGUCGGUUGAAAAAGUCUGAUAUUGGCUUAAAAUCGUUGGAGGAGCUGAUCUUGAUUAGAAAGUCAUUGGAUAAGCAGGAUCUUAGGCUAAGAGGUUUGGAGAUCAAUCUGCAUCGUGUGCUGAGCAGGGUGGUGCAUCUUUUCCAUGCGGAUGUGCCUCCAACGGGCAGAUCCUUCUCUAAAGAAGAUCAUUUGGCUGAAUUGUCGAGGCGACUGGAUCGAAAGAUCAUCGGGAAUAUUGCUCAGGAAAGUGGGUCAGUUAAUGGGUCUGAUUCAAUAGAUGUUCCCAAAGUUAAGGGCAUGCCAAGAGUUGACUUUUACCAGCCUGCCAAAUCGGCUUGCUAUGAACUGGAUGAAAAUGUUCGCGUGGAUGGCGUCUAUAGGUUUCUGGUUCCGGAGCGAAAUGAAGUCCAGCGAGAUUUGUACGAGCGUUACUGCGCCUUCGCCACCGAUGGUCCCGCCUGGACGGUGAUCCAGCACAGAGGUGGCGCCCUCGAUCCCCCCGAGAACUUCAAUCGCAGUUGGGAUGAGUAUCGCGCGGGUUUCGGCAAUCUGUCCCGGAAUUUCUGGUUUGGCAACGAGUUCAUCCACAAGAUUCUCUAUCGCGACGAUCAUGAGCUGAGAGUGGAGUUGCAGGAGGAGCACGAACCGAUGGAUUGGGCGGAGUACCCCAUGUUCCGGCUGGACAGCGAGAGCUACAACUAUCAGCUUUUGGUGAAGGGCGGAUUUCGGGGUUCGCUGCCAGAUGCCCUGGAGCAGCACAAUCAACUGGAUUUCAGCACCUACGAUCGUCGGAGCGAUCAUGGGACCUCCGGGGAUCCCGACUGUGCCGAGAUUUACGGCGGAGGUUGGUGGUUCGGCCGCUGCACACGGUCCAAUCUGAAUGGAGAACAUGGUGUCCACCAGAGAGUGAGUCCAGCAAUCGUUUGGUUGAAUUGGCGAAACGGAACUGCCAAACCGAAAGAAUCGCGCAUGAUGAUACGACCCGUACGACCGAUUCCGGGUGAUGACUUUGACGAGGAAUAGACGGCGGCGAACGGCAAAUUUAAAUGGAAUUUAAAUUUAACAAAUGGUGCUCGAAUUUCUGCAAUUGAACGUUACCGAUAGGUGGCAUUGCAAAUAAACGUUACCGAUAGGUAUCGAAUCCACUAGAACUUUCCAUUACUAACUGGACUUUUCCAUUAAUUCUUAACUAUUUUCUAUAUUCCGACAAUGAAUUUAAUAAAAGAGCUCUAUUACAAAAACUUAAAA